AUGCUAUCGAAGAAACUGUAUAGUAACAGGAAACUGCUAUCGUCCACGAACACGCUCAUAAGAUUUGCGUCCACGAAGUCCACGGGCGUGGAAAACUCCGAGGCCGGCCCUACGUCUUUCAAGACUAUGAAGGUAAUUGACCCUCAAAACAGCGACAAACCAAACGUGCUGGUACUGGGUUCCGGCUGGGGUGCCAUUUCUUUUCUGAAGCAUAUCGACACCAAAAAAUACAAUGUGUCUAUCAUCUCUCCCAGGAGUUAUUUUCUAUUCACGCCAUUGUUGCCUUCCACUCCCGUGGGGACGGUCGACGAAAAGUCGAUCAUCGAACCAAUUGUGAAUUUUGCUCUCAAGAAAAAGGGGAACGUCACCUACUAUGAAGCAGAAGCGACUUCCAUCAACCCUGACAGAAACACUGUCACUAUAAAGUCAUUGUCCACUGUUAGCCAAUUGUCCCAGCCCGAAUCACAUUUAGGGCUGCGCCAGGCAGAGCCAGCAGAAAUCAAGUACGACUAUUUGAUUAGCGCGGUGGGUGCAGAACCCAAUACUUUUGGUAUUCCUGGGGUCACUGAAUAUGGCCACUUUUUGAAGGAAAUUCCCAACUCGCUAGAAAUCAGGAAGAGUUUUGCCGCCAACUUGGAAAAGGCUAAUUUGUUACCUAAGGGCGACCCUGAAAGAAAACGGUUAUUGUCCAUUGUCGUGGUGGGUGGUGGGCCCACUGGUGUGGAAGUCGCCGGUGAACUGCAGGAUUAUGUUCUCCAGGACCUAAGGAAGUUUUUGCCCGCAUUGGCUGAAGAAGUCCAAAUCCAUUUGGUCGAGGCCCUACCUAUCGUUUUAAACAUGUUCGAGAAAAAGCUUUCGUCGUAUGCGCAAUCCCAUUUGGAAAACACCUCGAUCAAAGUUCAUCUAAGAACCGCUGUGGCCAAAGUGGAGGCAAAACAGCUACUCGCAAAGACCAAACACGAAGACGGUAAAGUCACCGAAGAGACUAUCCCAUACGGUACUUUAAUCUGGGCCACAGGUAAUAAGGCAAGACCCGUGGUCACCGACCUUUUCCAAAAAAUCCCCGAACAGAACUCUUCAAAGAGAGGCUUGGCGGUGAAUAACUUUUUGCAAGUGAAAGGUAGCAAUAACAUUUUCGCCAUCGGUGAUAACGCCUUUGCCGGAUUGCCCCCAACCGCUCAAGUGGCGCAUCAAGAGGCCGAGUACCUAGCUAAGAGUUUCGAUAAAAUGGCGCAAAUACCAAAUUUCCAAAAAAGUCUAUUUUCGAGAAAAGACAAGGUCGAUCUGCUAUUCGAAGAAAACCACUUCAAGCCUUUCAAGUACAACGAUUUGGGUGCCCUGGCAUAUCUUGGUUCUGAAAGGGCCAUCGCUACCAUCCGUUCUGGUAAGAGAACAUUCUAUACCGGCGGGGGGUUGAUGACCUUCUAUUUAUGGAGAAUCUUAUACUUGUCGAUGAUUUUGUCUGCUAGAUCGAGAUUCAAGGUGUUUUUCGACUGGAUCAAGUUAGCAUUCUUCAAAAGAGACUUCUUUAAAGGAUUAUAG